AUUGGAAGAAUUGCAGGUAAGCAAUCAACUACCCUUAAGCUCCCCCAUCAAAACAUCUGCUACUCUUUGCCAUGGAACUCCAACUCCCCUCGUUGGACUUCCCUGUGAUUUUCAUCUCCAUCUUCUUUAUUUUCAUAGUAUUCAAAAUAUGGAAGGAAUCCAAAUCCAAGAGCUCAACUCUAAAUCUUCCACCGGGACCACUGCAGCUACCUAUAAUAGGAAGCAUGCUUCACUUAGCCGGAUAUCUUCCCCAUCGCCGCUUGGCAGAAUUAGCCAAGAAACAUGGACCUGUUAUGCUUGUUCAGGUUGGUGAACUUUCUAACGUUGUCAUUACUUCUGCUGAAGCAGCUAAAGAAGUAAUGAAGACCCAUGAUGUCGUCUUUGCUCAGAGGCCCACUGUCUUUGCAGCUAGCAUUAUAGCUUACGACAAUAAAGACAUUGCAUUUGCACCUAAUGGACCAUACUGGAGACAGCUGCGGAAGAUGUGCGCAAUGGAAUUGCUGAGCGCUAAACGCGUUCAAUCAUUCAGAUCAAUCAGAGAAGAGGAAGUGUCCGCAAUGAUCCAAUCCAUUUAUUCUAGCGCCGGAUCACCAGUCAACAUAACAAAGUUCAUCAACGCUUUAACUUACAGAGUCAUUUCAAGAGCAGCUUUUGGUAAGGUAUGGAAUGGAGAAGAAGAAUUUCUAUCAGCUGUGGAGCAGAUUAUGUUAGAAGUAGGGAAAGGUGUUAGUCUAGCUGAUGUGUUUCCUUCCAUCAAAUUGCUUCGAGCGAUGAGUGGGAUGAAGGGUAGGGUAGAAAAGCUAUUUAAACAAGUGGAUUUUGUAUUUCAAAGCAUCCUAACUGAACAUAAAGUUUCAAGAAAGGAACUAGGUGCAGAAAGGGAAAAAGAAGGAGAAGAUCUUAUCCAUGUGCUUUUGGAUCUCCAAAAGCAAGAGGAUCUUGAAUUCCCUUUAACUGACGAAAACAUCAAAGCAGUCAUCAUGGACAUAUUUGUUGCUGGUACGGACACCUCCGCUACGACUAUAGAAUGGACAAUAUCAGAAUUGAUGAGAAACCCGAGAGUGUUACAAAAGGCUCAAGAAGAGGUGAGAAGGGUCUUUGGUGAGAAAGGAAAUGUUGAUGAAGCUGGUCUACAUCAUCUAAGCUACGUUAAAAUGGUACUCAGUGAAGCACUCAGAAUGCAUCCUCCAGCACCAUUGGUACUUCCAAGAGAAAGUAAAGAGCACUGCGUGGUUCAAGGUUAUGAUAUACCUGCAAAAUCCAAGGUAAUGGUGAAUGCAUGGGCAAUUGGAAGGGAUCCUAAGUCUUGGACUGAACCUGAUGAGUUCUAUCCGGAGAGAUUUAUUAAUAGUUCAGUUGAUUUUAAGGGGGCUAAUUAUGAAUUUAUUCCAUUUGGAGCUGGGAGAAGGAUAUGUCCAGGAUUGCUGUUUGGAGUAGCUGCAGUUGAACUUCCAAUUGCCCAAUUGCUAUACCAUUUUGACUGGAUAAUUCCCGGCGGAGUGAAGCCGGAGAAUCUUGACAUGACUGAAGAUUUUGGUGCUGCGGUGAGAAGGAAAAAUGAUCUCAUCUUAAUUCCAAAUCCAUAUAUAAACUCAGCCUUCCACGGUUAACUAAAACCAACUAGCUAGACAUAUAUACAUGCAGUUUAUUUUUAUGUUUUCUUUCGUUAGUUUGCUAUCAGAUAAUAAGUCAACUGACAUGGCAAAAUUGGUGUGUAUUUUAUGUAUUACCAUAGCAUUUGCCAGUCCAGUUUUACUCUGUUCUUGCUAUGAUAGACAUAUUCUGAAUUACACGGCUGAGUUUCUUUCAACACAACAAUUCAUAACCAGCGAUUAUAUAAAGUUUUACUCUGUUCUUCCAA